AUGAAAUGCUCAGCAUGUGAACAUUCUGUCGAUCGAAAUGAAUUAUUGCGAUGCAUUUUAUGUAAAGGAACCUAUCAUUAUAUGUGCCUUAAUAUUACAUCUGAGAAAUUUAUGGGUAACUAUCAAAAAUUUAAAAGAUCAUGGAAAUGUCCUACUUACACCAACGUUACGAAACGGCGAUCCAGAAACGAGGACACACCGGUAAAAGUUAACUGUGGGGAUUCAUCACCAUCUGAAGUUAUUAACAUGUCUAGUGAUAACAUGAAAGCAAAUGAACUGCCGCCUUCGGAUAUAGUGCACCGUGGAGGUAAAAAACAAAAUACUUCUACUUUUUCUUUAGAAGAAUUAGGUAAAUUGCUUGACUAUAAAUUGGACACUAAGUUACAAAACACUUGUCACUCAUUAGCUUCGGAAAUUGAAAUUAAGCAAGAAUUUAAUGAAGUUUUAAUGAAAUUGAAAAGUGAGUUUUUGAAAAUAACCGAAUCCCUAACAGGUGAAAUAUGCGACUUAAAAAAGAGAAAUAAGUACACUUCGCGAAAAAGUUCAAACAUUUGA